AUGCUCAAGGGAAUACCAUGUCCACAUGCCCUUGCUGCCAUAUUAUAUAAGAAGUAUGAACCCAUUGAGUUUGUUGAUAGCUGCUACAGUAAGGAGACCUACUUGAGGACUUACUGUCAUUUUCUUCAACCAGUCACCAAUAUGAAAAUGUGGCCUGAGUCCAAUAACCCCUAUGUUGCACCACCAGUUGUAAAGCCUAUGCCAGGCAGACCAAAGAAGGUCCGGAGAAGAAAAGCCACGGAGUCAAAAAGAUAUGGUAAGUUGUCAAGAAAAAGAGUUGACAUGACUUGUAGCAUCUGUCAUGGUAAAAACCAUAAUAAAAGAGGCUGUCCUUUGAAGGAUUCUGGUAGAACAAGCUUUGGUAAGGGACCAGAUAUUGCUGCAGCAUCUCAACCAAGCUUAGGUAAUGGACUAAGUGACUUUGCUGAAUCAAGUGCUGCACCUGCAAGAGCUAGGGGAAGGCCAAGAAAGCCAACUCGAACUUCUGAAGCACCAGCAAGAGCUAGGGGAAGGCCAAGGAAAAAUCCAUUAAAUUCUGAUGCACCAGCAAGAGCAAUGCCAAGAACUUCUGAAGCAAGUGCAAGGCCAAGGAGUACUUCUCAAGCACCAACAAGAGCAAGUGCAAUGCCAAGAAGUACUUCUCAAGCACCAACAAGAGCAAGUGCAAUGCCAAGAAGUACUUCUCAAGCACCAACAAGAGGUAUGGGAACAAGGAUGACAACCAUUACUUCUAAAUGGUUUGAAAAUGCAACAACUUAUGUUGCACCUGUUGCAGCCAAUGCACCUGUCCAACCUGCUGCUUCUCAGUCUAAUGUGAGUAGGGGAAGACCAAGAAAAACCUCUCAAGCUUCUAGUGUUGCACCUGUUGCAGCCAAUGCACCUGAUCAACCUAGUGCUUCUCAGUCUAAUGUGAGUAGGGGAAGACCAAGAAAAGCCUCUCAAGCUUCUAGUGUAACAGUUGUUGACAAUGAAAUAAGAAGAACUACCCCUUAUAAAAGGCCUAGGACUGUUGGAAUGGGUAUAUUUGUUGCAGAAAAUGGAUUUACAACAUACAAUCAUGGCUUGCCAAGUAGUAGGAUAAUUGAUGCUGCUCCAAGAAAGCAUAUAAGGUCGGCUAAUGUUAUUGGGGACCUUGGUCACAAAGCAAGGACUGGAGUGAGAUGGAAGGGCAAAGCAGCAAUGACAUCAAGCCAGCUUGGAGAGAUGAGGAAUGUGCAACCUAUGUUGAUGCAGCUGUUUCAUGUCCAAAAUGUGCAGUUUAUGGACCAAGUGAAAUCUAGUCAAGCAUUUGAACCACAUUAA